CUAACCAGGAAUGCAGCAGGAUGAGGUUCAAUUCCUAAAUCUUUCCGCGAUUCCUUGCCCAGAAACCAUCUUCUAUGCCAAAUAUGAAUUACAAAAAUCUGAAAGUGAAGCUAUCUUACAGGACCUUUACGAAUUAGAGGCUUCAUUAAGCGAAAAAAGUCGAAUUUUUUAUGUCUUAGAUGGGUCAUUGUUUUUAUACUCGUUUGAUUCCAUUCCCCUUUUGCCUGGACUGAGGCCUUCUACGCUUACUCUGAAUAGUUCUGGUAGUUUUGGUCGUUCUUCUUUCUUUCACCAUGAAUCUAAUCCAAGGACUUCUUCGAUACAGCUCAAUUUAAUCCGAGCCUUACGGCGUCUUACCGUGUAUCAUCUUUGCAAAGAAUAUGGGUUUCUUUCCCUCAAGGAGUUUUUACUCCCAAUAAGGACAGCCUCAAAGUUCAUUUUAGAGGGUUUGAGUGUUCACGAAUUUCCACUUCUUGGUUUACAUCUUGGUUUUCUGACAGAUGGCUUCAUGGAGUUUUCUUUCCGACCCGUAGGGUUGUCUCUAUAUUGCUUGUCAAAUAUAGCAAAUUUAGAAGAAUAUGUAGUAGAGAGGCUUAUUCUGUUGCCAUUUGGGUGUAAUGCGAAAUUGAUCUCUAUUCAAGCUCCUUCGUCUUUAUCAACAAUGGAAAUUCUGAAAAGUCGUUACGGCUUUUUCAAUCUACCAACUGAAAAAUGGGUUGGAGUUCAGGUUGAUUGCUUUGAUUAUGCGUUUUCAUGGCCUUUAAGCCUUUGUUUUCUAGAAAAAACACCAUUUCCUACGCAUUUGCAGAAUGACUUUGAUAAACAUUUUACCAUUAACGGAUAUACUCUUCCAUUUAACGCGUCAAAAGAUCUAUUAUCAGAAAAGAAGGUUCAUUUGGAUCAAAAUAAAGAAGUCAUUUCAGAUUCAGAUAACUUGGAUCAUACCGUAUCACCCAAUGUUGCUGUGACGCCAGUGUUGCCAAAUACUCUAGCUAUACCUUCUAGUCCUGAACUGCCAAUACGCGUAACUCAUUCUCCCUUUCCAUCAUCAGAAAGAGUCAUGGAAGAAAGUGAUAGAGAGAAUGAUUUAUUCAUGCAAGACAUUGAGGACGCUAGAAUUACGGAAGCUGAUUUUGAUUAUUUUGAUUUACCUAAUCCUGAAGUGAAACCUUACUCUGAAAAUAUGGAAGUGAUAGAACAGAAAUCUGAAAGUUUGAAUCAAGUUGAUUUGGAAGCCAUUUCGGAAGAGAAACAGCUUAAUAAUCAGCAAUUUCCUUCACCACCUGAUACGUAUACUCAAAGUGAACACAGUAUACAAAAGAAAGAAUCAACUAAAAGCAUCUCCGAACCUACAAUCCCUCAGGAUAACUUUAAACUUUCUAUUAUGGAUGAUCUGAUAGUUGAAAAGUAUUACCAUGAUGAAGUUGUACCACCGCUAUAUAAUGCAGUUCCAUUCCCUUCCUCGUCAGUCGAUAUUGCUAAAAAGUAUUCGAUUGGUGGGAAAUAUUGGUGUCCUUCUGCUUUGCUUCAUCGAUCUGACAGUUUAGGAUCAUUAAGUGGCUCUGUUAGCAGUGUCGAAGAAGAAAAGCACUUUUAUGAUGGUCUUCGAGAGGUAGUUGAACGUCAACCUGUUUCUGAAAUGAAAAAUAAUAUAAAUCCUGAAGUGUCAUUUCCAUCACUUGAGAAAGAAGGCUCCGAGCUAUAUAGUUCUGCUUCUGUUGAUUGCAGUGGGGUUGAUACUGGAGUAAAUGAUUCUUUUGGGUUUGAGUCUUUGUUGGAAAAGUAUGGGCUAAAGCACCUAAAAAUGGUAGAAAAGGAGGCGUUAUUAGAAUUAAUAAUGAGUCAGCCGUUUUAUUUUUAUUUGCUACCUUUUUGGAAAAAUCAAAAUUCAUAUAUUAACUCCUAUAAUGACUCGUGUGAUUUUCUUUACAUACAGGAAGCCACUAAAGAAUUUCUUGAAGGCUUGUUCUCAGGACUAAGCAGAGCUAUUUCAUUAAGUUCUUGCACUUCGUGGGAAACUGAAAUCAAUGGAAACAAUUCAAAAGAUGUUAAUAAGGCUAAUACAUAUAUAACUAGCGUGGAUCAACCGGGUGUAAUAUUAAAGUCUAAUAAUCAGAAAUUAACAGUUGAUUACAAUGCUACAAAACAUUGGUCAUCUCUGAACCUUCAGCCUUAUAAUGAAACACGGAAUUAUACUGUAUUGCCUUUUUCCCAGAAAAAACCUGAAUCAAUUCCAAUAGUCAAAUCUCUUUUUGAUGAUAUUCGGUAUGCAUAUGAAAACUGUCAAUUUGGUAAACUCGAGUUAGGAAACCUUAUAACCUUUCAGGAAGAUGGGAUUAUCGAUUAUAACUCACUGUUUUCGUCAUCUUUCUGUGACUCUGGUGAUCAAGCUACUGAACAUAAAAGCACACUCAAUUUUACAAAUUUGGCCAAGGAAUGCGCCAGUGCUUAUGCCAAUGACGAUCUUUUAUUUCUAUUCUUUGUUGAUGAUUCCGUUUAUUCUUUCUUUUCAGUAUGCCAAUCUUUUACAUUGCUUAAUGAAGUUUUUUCUCUUGAAACUAAGAAAGAUGGAUUGUUCAAUAAUCAACUGUUUAUUAAAAUAAUACCAUCGUCUGCUGGUUUUACCAUCAGCCAGCCUCUUGCGACAGAGACUUUAUCUCCUACGAAUAUUGCAAUGGAUAUAUAUAGUACUUCUCCACUGAGAAAUCCUUCUUUGAAAGUUAAAUAUUCCCCUUUUGUUAUGGAAAAGCCCGUUAUUUCUCUACUAAAUUAUAAAUUAUCCAAUACGUUUUCUGCGAAUGCCGUUUUUAAUGACUAUAGUCUACAUGUAACUUAUACAGUUAUCAGAGAUAAAUUCUUAAUAUGCAUGUGGAACGAUACGUAUGGCGAGCUCGAAAAUUGUGAAUGGUUUUUGUUAAGCGAAACAAAUCAGAAAUUGGAUGUAUUCCAAAAGAUUUGGAAAACCAGUAGCGAGAUUAUGAAGAUAGGCUCAUUUACUUGGAGCUUAAAUAUUAUGAAAGUUGGUGCUUUAUCGUUAGAGGAACUAAAUGACUGGAAACAGGUAGCGGAAUCCCAAGAGUUCAUGGAUAAAUCGACGUUGGUUAUCGGCAAUUGCCUAAUCCAUGAAAGUUCUAAACCACAGUUAAAGCCAUAUUUAAGGAUGUUUUUUAGAUCUAGUAACAACCCUGAUGAUUCAUUGGAGAUCUCAGAAAAUAUCGAAAUAGUAGGUAUAGUGAGAGAAGCUGCUACUUUAAUUCCUCACUUUACUACUUUGGAUAUCAAGCCUUGUUUAGCUUAUGGUUCACUUGGGUUUAGUGAAAGUGGAAAUGUUGUGCCAAUUGCAGAUAUACAUUUAUUUUAUGUGAAGCAGACCGAGCCAGUACUUGCAUUGCGUAAGAUACUGAGAGAAUACUUGUUUAUGUCUUUUACUUCUAGAAAGAACAAUUUUUCCUCAAUUCGAAUUCCGCACAACAUAUCUACUGUCCUAUACCAAAGACAAUUGCUCGAAUACUUAAGCGGUGAUGAUCAUUGAAAUUAUGGCAAAAUUAAUUUAUUUU